AUGAAGAGUGACUCACCAGGGGUGCUGUUCAUCGGGUUACCACAGAGAUCUCCUUCGACUUUUCCACCCUCGCUUUCUUGCGGCUCGGUGACUAAAGGGAGUGAGUCAACGGCUCUUCUGUCUACAAGGCGACGUGUUCUUCUCUUGAUCCACCGAUUUCCUACUCCUAAGAAAUCGAUUUAUCAAAGUGGCACGUCGUCUCCAUUGGGCUGCCCAACACCCAUCCCCCUUGAAAAGCUCUUAAUGCCACCGCCUUAUACACCGUCACUAUGCCUUUCGGGGAAGAAGUGUAUGCUUAAACGCUUCAAAAGCAGAGUGGUCUGACUGUUGACCGAUGACCCCUGUUGAGGGAUAACAUACUGUGUUUCAAACCAUAUGCACCUUACCAAGUGCUUAUCAUCAGGUUACCAAUGCUAAUUCAAACGAAUCAACUUGCAAUGGCUUUUCCAUUAUCAUCCAAUUCUCUUGCAUAAUCAGUGUCUGUAUAAUUUCUCUUUUCUUUUACAAUCUCCAAAGUUCAAAAUUACCUUUUAUGUACAACUUCAACAAUCUGUUCUUGGUCCU